AUGGGACCAGGAAAAGGAAGAGUGAAAGAUGGGACCAGGAAAAGAAGGAGGAAAAGAUGGGCCAGGAAAAGAAGGAGGAAAAGAUGGGACCAGGAAAAGAGGAGGAAAAGAUGGGACCAGGAAAAGGAAGAGGGAAGGAUGGGACCAGGAAAAGGAAGAGGGAAAGAUGGUACCAGGAAAAAGAAAAGAUGGGACCAGGAAAAGGAGGAGGAAAAGAUGGGACCAAGAAAAGGAAGAGGAAAAGAUGGGACCAGGAAAAGGAGGAGGAAAAGAUGGGACCAGGAAAAGGAGAGGAAAAGAUGGGACCAGAAAAAGGAAGAGGAAAUGAUGGGACCAGGAAAAGGAGAGGAAAUGAUGGGACCAGAAAAAGGAAGAGGAAAAGAUGGGACCAGGAAAAGGAGGAGGAAAAGAUGGGACCAGGAAAAGGAGGAGGGAAAGAUGGGACCAGGAAAAGAAGGAGGAAAAGAUGGGACCAGGAAAAGGAGAGGAAAAGAUUGGACCAGGAAAAGGAAGAGGGAAAGAUGGGACCAGGAAAAGAAGGAGGGAAAGAUAGGACCAGGAAAAGGAGGAGGAAAAGAUGGGACCAGGGAAAGGAAGAGGAAAAGAUGGGACCAGGAAAAGAAGGAGGAAAAGAUGGGACCAGGAAAAGAAGGAGGAAAAGAUGGGACCAAGAAAAGGAGAGGAAAAGACGGGACCAGGAAAAGGAAGAGGGAAAGAUGGGACCAGGAAAAGGAGGAGGGAAAGAUGGGACCAGGAAAAGGAGAAGGAAAAGAUAUGACCAGGAAAAGGAAGAGGAAAAGAUGGGACCAGGAAAAGAAGGAGGAAAAGAUGGACCAGGAAAAGAUGGGACCAGGAAAAGGAGAGGAAAAGAUGGGACCAGGAAAACGAAGAGGAAAAUAUGGGACCAGGAAAAGAAGGAGGAAAAGAUGGGACCAGGAAAAGGAGGAGGAAAAGAUGGGGCCAGGAAAAUGA